AUGAGUUACAACCGCGGUGGCGGUGGAAACUUCAAUGAUGACCGCCAAAGUCAGCAUAGUGGAGGAAGAUCACAGCACGGAGGAUCUCAGCAUGGAGGAUCCCAGCAUGGAGGAUCCCAGCAUGGAGGAUCCCAGCAUGGAGAUCGCCGUGAUGACUACCACGAUCAACGUGGCGGCGGAGACUAUCGUCAUGGAGGGGGAUCACGUCAAGGUGGUGGAUAUCACCAAGGAGAUAAUCUUUCUCGUCAGAUGGGGCAAAUGAAUAUGGGAAGAGAUGAUAAUCGUGGAAGAGGAGGCCAUGGAGGAAACAGGUACUCCGAACAAGGACCACCACGGCCACGAUUCGAGAGAUCAACGGCUGGAGUGGCAAACCCAGGAGAUCUCGCAGGAUCUGCUCACUAUCCGAGACAGCCGGUGGCAAAGAAGGACAUGAUGCACACCAAGCAGGAGUUCUACGAACGACCAGCAGGCAAAAGUGUGUUUGAAGGAAAAGUUGGUAAGAAGACAGAGCUUUGGACCAACCAUGCUCUUGUACACUUGCCUACGGAGAAGUAUCUCAUUCACGAGUACAACAUUGAAGUAUUUAACAACAAGAAGGUACUCAACAAAAAGGAAGAAGUGUCCCCUAUCUUCCAUGAAAUUCGUAACUCUCCAGAAGGAAGAAAACAGUGGCCGAGAUCUUCAGAUUUCAUCUUCAAUGAUGUCAAUCUUUUGUGGACGAUUGAUCAACUUCCAUAUGCUCAAGGCGAAAUUAGAGACAAAAGAAAGAGCAUUUUAUAUAAAUACACUCGGAGUUUCGAGUUCGGAGAAGGCAUCACUCAGGGAGACAGUCAACUUCUCUCCACUCUUAUCGAUGCUAUUGCAACUGCUCGUUGUCGAUAUCCAAAAACGUGUCGAAACAAGUACACCGUUUACAAAAGAAGUAUGUUCAUGAUUCUGGAUCACAAACCCCCGGAGUUGGAAAGUUUCGACAAUGCUCCGUUGUUCAUGCAAGUGAGAAAUGGAAUGGACGCUCGGAUGGGACUUUCAAUUGGAAUCAGACUCAAUUUGAGAGCUGGAAUCACUGCUUGCUAUGAUUUAUCUCACACCUUGUUCACUCGUCCAAGCUAUCCGCUUGUUCGUCUCUUCGUUGAUCUCAUUGCUAAUGCAACUGUCAGUGAUGAAGAGUUCGAGACAAGCUAUGAUAGUAGCUUGAAAAAUUCUCGUGUGACAGAAGAGAAUAAGAAGAACAUGAUGAAAGUUCUGCAUAAAAUGAAGCUGUGUUAUUCACUUGAUAAUGUAAACCCUCCGCAGAAGAGAGAUUUCAAAUUCUACGACUUGACGACUCCUGCCGAUCGAUUAUCUUUCACUAAUGAAAAGGGAGUUUCCAUGACGGUUGCUGAAUACUAUUUGAACGAAAAAAAUAUUCGGCUCCGCUAUCCAAACCUACCAUGUGUCCAGAAGAAGCCGAGUAAGGCAAAUCAAAACAGGUUGAUCGCUUUUCCAAUGGAGUUGGUCUCCUUGCUUGCUGAACCAAAAAGAUAUGAAGGAGCCACAACUACUGAAAUGAAGGCUGACAUGGUUCGUUGGACUACUUUCACCGCGAAACAACGUCGUCUUGUUCUUCAACACGUCAUCAGUCAGAACAGAAUUGGAGACGUUCCGCCAGUAGUCGACAACUCGGACGUUCACAUGAAGAGACAUGGAGUCACUAUCGAUAAGGAGAUGCUCUCCGUGAAUGCUACCAUUCUCCCAGCGCCCACUGUCGUAUACGGUGAAAAUGUUAAAUUCUAUGAUGAGCACUCCGUAGGAGAUUGGAAAGCCAUCGAUCACAUUCCUAUUCGUAAAGUAUUGGAGGACUCUGUAUACUUGAGAAACAAAGAUCCGUCGGCACCAAAGCUAAAGAAGAGACUGUUGGGAUCAAUUUUGAAGAUUGGAGCACCGGCCAGCAAUGCACCUAUGGACUUUGAUGAUACCUGCUAUCAUAACUUGAUGAAAGCACUGGAAGCUGCUGGUCAACCAGUCGUUUGGGAGAAUGAGGAUAUGGGUCAAGCAGCCAUUCAAGGUGUUAUAGAGUUCAACCAAUCCAGAGAUCAACCAGCUGUUAUCUACAACUACUUUGUUGAUCUCAUGACCAACAUCGAUGAGAAAUACAAGAAGGAGGAUGAAAUCAUUAUCCCGAUAUGUUUUGUGCUCUUUGAAAGAAGGUUCACAACUCUCGUGAAUACUACCAAUCACAUCAGAAACGACUACAAUCUGAUGAAAUAUUUGGCGGAUAUCCACCUUGGAAUCUUCACUCAAGGAAUGUUGCACGACACAUUCCAGAAUAUUGGGUCGACACCAUCCACGUGUAAGUUCACUCGCCUCCUCGUCGAAAAAAUUCUUGGAAAAGUUGGAACAACUCAUCGUAAACUUGAGCGAGAGGGUGACCACAAGUCCUGGACAAAAGUAACAGAACCAAAGGAACCCACUUUGUUCCUUGGAGUCGAUGUUUCUCACCCCAGUCCACGUGAUCGCGAUGACCCAGAUGCUGGAGUUCGGAAGAUGUCGGUAGCCAGUGUUGUUGGAAACAUCGAUUUAGAUUGCAACGAAUAUCGUGCUUCCUCCAAGAUUCAAAGUGUUGGUUUAGAAAGAAUUGUAAUGCUACAAAAUGAAGUCCGAAAUCGAAUCACCGACUUCACCAUUCAUAAUGGUAUUCGCCCAGCACACAUUGUGGUCUACAGAGAUGGAUUGUCAGAAGGAGACUUCCAGAGAACUCUCUACGAAGAAAGAAUCGCAAUUGAGAAUGCCUGCAUCUCAAUCGACGCCGCUUUCCAACCAACUAUCACCUACAUUGUUGUCACGAAGAGACAUCACACCAGAUUUUUCCUCAAGGAUGAGCUGGAUGGAAUCGAGGAGCAAGGCUUCAACAUCCGUCCAGGAACAUUGGUUGAAGACACAGUGACCACGAAGAACUACUAUGACUUCUUCCUGGCUACCCAAGUCGGCGAAAUGGGCCUAGUUCGCCCUACCCACUACUAUGUGCUGUGGAACACAUGGAAAUGUCUCCCAACAUUCUGGCCUACAGUGACCCAUGCACUCACAUACACCUUCUGCCGAUCCACAACGACUGUUGCUCUUCCAGCACCUGUGCUUUACGCCCAUCUUGCUGCCAAGAGAGCAAAGGAGACACUUGAUGGAGCUCUUGUAACUUUCGGAAUGAGAGACAACAAGGAGUUCGACAUGGAUGUCUACCAAGACGUUGCUAUCCUCAACGAAAACAUCAACAACCAUCAACGUCUGGAUGGAAUGGUCUUCGUCUAG